ACCCUGCCCUGACAUUCCCUUCAGACUCUGGGUGUCCAGUUGCCGCCGGUUAUUUCUGCGUUCAUCCCCUCCCUCGCUUCACACUCUUCGAAUGCUCCACACACUCAGCUCCACGGUGGAGAGGAGCAGCCGCCUUCAAUCGGACACCAAAAAUAGCCCCGGGGCAGAGAGGGGGGUGGCGGGUGGGCUGGCUGCAGACCCCAGUGGAGGGUCCAAGGGAGUCAUGUGCACCACUUUGUCCUCCCAUAACACAGACAAGAGAGACGGCAGAGGAGUGAAGAUCCAGUAACCCAACAGAGAGCAGCUGGACCAUCUCACCCACUGCUGCUGCCUCGGCUCGUCACAUGCACUUGUUUUAGUUGGAGGUGGAAAGUCAGGCUGAGCGUGGGCAUUCGGUAGCCGAGCAGCUGGUCAAACCUGGACCAUGAAGCUUAGCGUGGCGUUGUUUUUUGCAGGGCUCUUCGGGGCGUUGGCAGCUGUGUUUAUCCUUCUUUCUUUUGGAACUGACUACUGGCUGCUGGCCUCAGAGAGCUGCCACCCAACCCCUGAAGGAUCCGUGGGCCCGGGCGAUGUGACCGUAGAGCGUGGGGAUGUGGUGAUGCAGGGCUCCAGCAGUGAUGUGACUCUGUAUCAUGAGGGCUUCUUCUGGAGAUGUUCCUUUGGAGGCAACGCAGGAGAUGAAAACCUGCUGUGGAAGCUCUGGUUCACAAACCAGGCUCACUCAAAGGAAUGCAUGCCCGCCUACCUCUUCCCAUUCCCCGUGUCUCAUCAGACCCACAACGCCACAGAGUACGAUUCUGCCAUAAUCUACAGAGGAUUCUGGAGCGUCUUCAUGCUCAUUGGUGUGGCCGCUGUAGCGCUCGGUGGCUUCUUCAUCAUCUGUGCUGCUCCGUUUGCCAGCCACCGUCUGUAUAAAACAGGAGGAAGCCUCUUCCUGACAUCUGCUCUGUUCCUGCUGUGUGUGGUCAUCAUGUACGUACUGUGGGUGCAGGUGUUGGACGUUGUGGACGUCUACAUCGACCACCAGCGCUCUUCUCUGUGUCCGGGCUUCAGUCUGUCCCUCACCUACGGUCUGUCCUUCAUGUUCGCCCCCGUUGGCAUCUUCUUCUGCCUCCUGGCCGGCCUUCUUUUCCUCCUCAUCGGUCGAACCAUCCAGAUUCACUACCACUGAUUUAAAGCAUCAGCAGGUUAGAGGAAGGAGACUGAAAUGUGGGAAUAUGAAUGUCUUUUACGGUCCUAUUUUUUCUGCUGUGUAAACGCAAGACUGUAGAUUCUGUUUGGCAGCUCUGUAGAGUAAAAGAUGUGAAAAGCUCGAACACUUUUCAUCCAUUGCUGAGCUCAGAAAUGGCAUCAUUAUGACUCCAACCUGAGCUAGUUUCAGUGUAGUUCCACCCAGCACUGUGUGGAGGACUCACAGCAACCCUGACUAUAUAUACAAAUACCUGUGGUGCAAAUAUUUAUUUCAAUCUUGCGUGUCGGCGGUUGCAAGAGUUGAGAAUGUAUGUACAUGAAAAUUAAAGUUAGCAGCAGUCAAAUGUUGGUGUUGUUAACCCUCCUGUUGUCCUCAUUUACGGGAUUCAGAAAACUUUAUUUAUCCCCAGGGGGCAAUUAGAAAGGCAACGCCUAGAAAGGCAUAUUGUUUCCUUGUCUGAAAAAAAUCCAAAUAUUCUGCAAAAAAAAUCCCCAAAUUUCUGAAAAUUUGCAAAACCUCCAGGAAAAAAUUCCAAUAAUUCCUUAAAAGUUUCACUUAAAAGUUUUAUUUUUAAAAAAAAAAAUCCCCCAAAUUUGGUAAGAAAAUUCUUGUAAAUAUUUUCAAAAAAAUGAUUGAAAAUCUUCCAGAAAAAAUCCUAAAAAUAUCUAAAGUGAUAACAUAUACAUCAAGAAAGCUUCUAAUAUUAUCUUUAAGAACAUUUUUAACAUAUUUUUCCACCAAAAAUAUUCACAGAUUUCCUAAAAAUGUCAUCAGACGUUUCACUGGGAAAAUAUUUCUUUUCCUCCACAUUUUCAAACUUUGAAACGGGUCAGUUUGACCAACAGAACAACACGAGGGUUAAAUGGAUGAUCUCAUGUUUGCUUUGGAGUAUGAAAUAUAAAGUCUGCAAGUGUGCUGAAAGAAUAUUCUAAAUAUAAACUGUGUUUUGUAUAGGGUUUGUAAAAAACAAAAAAAGCAAGGAGGUGUGAUCGUUUUUAUAUUAUGUAAAUACAGUAAUAGUGACAGCAGCCUUUUCUGCAUUCAGUCUAAAGCCAGUGAUAUUCUGUGUUUUUGUUAUUGUCCAUAAAUCCAAUGAAAAAAUAUUUUGCUUCUCAAUAUUCCAAUUUUUUCUGACACCAACUGGAUCAUACCGUAGAUGGAAUCCUUUAAAGCAGGUAAGAAAUGCAUACUUUCAAAAAUAAUUUCAGCUGGGUUUUUAUUGGUUCCUAUGUGCAGCUGUGUAUUCUGGUGGGUGUUUAGGACAGCAGGGCAGCAUAUGUGUGUAACCCCCAAAUAAACCCAGUGCACAUGUUCAUUAGAAUAACUGAAUGUCAGCCCAUAAAGCAGCUUUGCUCAUUUUUAUGUUUUUAAUCAGUCUUUGGAUGAGAGAUCAGCUCAAUAUCAGGUUUGAUCUGUUUUUUGGUGACAAUAAUAAGGGUGUAGAAAAUCAUCACUUUGUCCCAUAAUACAAUCAAAUAGUCACAUUUUUGGAGUGUAUUCUGUUUAUAGUUUCUGCUUUUUUCCUGCAGUGUUACUCUGCUGUUUGUGUACAUAAAACUGUGGGGUUCAGUGCAGGUUGCCAUGUUUCUAAAUAAAGCAACGAUUUUGUGUUAACGCUG